GUCUCGAGCCGUACAAGCCUAAGUUUACGGCGCAGACGUGCUAGGCGCUCCGCGUGCGCAGGCGCUCUCGCUUCAUUGUUCAAGGUCCUGCGGCGGCCAGAGUUGGAGGGUGAGUUCCCCGGGACCGUUCUGCGCAGGCGCUACGGAGGGGUGAGUCCCUGCGAUCACGUUUCCUAGACACACCCCCUUCUAAAAAGAGUGACGUCAGGUUAGAGCUCCGGGAACGCGUCUGGUGGUCCCCAAAUCCCGGUGCUCUAUCCUCUUCGGCCUCCGUCUGCCGACUCCAGGGGCGGAGCUUCUCGGAGGCUGACGAGCCGCCAGCAACUGUACCCUCUCGUAUACCGGCUCUUUGCUCGGUUGGUGAUUUGGAGGAGGGGUGCGGCUAUGCCUCCACCGCGGGGUGACGUGACCGCCUUGUUCCUGGGGCCUCCCGGCUCGGGAAAGUCCUCACUGAUUGCAGCUCUGUGCAACAAGGAUGUGGAGGUGGUAGAGAUUCCCGAUGGACGGCCAGACUCCGGGAUCCCCAGCCUGCGAGCUGCAGGCCCCGGCCUCUUCCUGGGCGAGCUGAGCUGUCCACCAGCAGCACCGGGUCCCUGGGCAGCGGAGGCUAACGUGCUAGUCCUGGUGCUGCCCGGCCCCAAAGGGAACGAUGAACCCUUGGCACCAGCGCUGGGGGACGCAGCGCGAGCCGCACUGGCCCGAGGAACCCCGUUGCUGGCUGUGCGGAACCUCCGUCCUGGGGAUUCACAAAAUGAAGCCCAGGCCCGAGAUCAGAUCGUGACCCUGCUGGAAAGCGCGGGGUUGGGAGCUGUGCCUCUCUACGUGCUGCCCGAGGACUGCAGCAGCAAAGAGGGCUGCGAGGAACUGGAGCGCCUGCGGGCGGCGUUGCGGAGCCAGGCGGAGGCGUUGCAGAGGCUCCUGCCACCGGCUCAGGAUGGCUUCGAGGUACUGGGAGCAGCUGAGCUGGAGGCUGUGCGUGAGGCCUUUGAGACCGGUGGCCUGGAGGCAGCGAUGUCCUGGGUUCGUUCUGGCCUGGAGCGACUGGGCAGCGCGCGGCUGGACCUGGCCAUAGCUGGCGCUGCUGACAUGGGACUUGUGCUGGAUGUGCUGCUCGGGCUGGAUCCUGGGGACCCAGGUGCUGUGCCUGCUUUGGUGGCGCCUGUGGGGCCCACGCCCUACCCUGCCCCAGAGCGCCCCAAUGUGGUGCUCUGGACCGUGCCUCUGGGCUCUGGGGGCAGCGCUGCCGCCCGCCACCCAACCCACUACGACGCCCUCAUCCUCGUCACCCCUGGGGCCCCCACUGAGGAGGACUGGGCCCAGGUCCGGCCCUUGGUGCUACCUGAUGCCCCGCUGGUCUGCGUGCGAACAGAUGGCGAGGGCGAAGAUCCGGAGUCUCUGGAAGAGGAAAAAGCAGAGAAGUCCCUUGGUGUCGAGAGCUUGGAGAACGCAGGCGGAGAGGGGUUGGAGAAACAUGUCACUGGAUCUCAAAAAGCAGGCGAUGGGGGAGUUUCAGAGAAAGCAGGCAGGGAGGGUUUGCAGCAGGUUGGCGCAGAUGCGCAGCAGUCUGGCAGUGGGGACACUGGGCGUGUGGCUGCCUGGAGCCCAGAGGACGAGACCUGGGAGGUGCUGGAGGAGGCACCGCCGCCGGUGUUCCCCCUGCGGCGAGGCGGACUCCCAGGGCUUUGCGCAUGGCUGAGGCGCGCGCUUCCCCCAGCCCAGGCAGGGGCGCUGCUGCUGGCGCUGCCUCCCACGUCCCCGCGUGCAGCCCGAAUCAAGGCUGCCGCACUCCGGGCUGGGGCUUGGCGCCCGGCUCUGCUAGCUAGCCUGGCGGCGGCCGCCGCACCAGUACCUGGGCUUGGCUGGGCCUGUGAUGUGGCACUUCUACGCGGUCAGCUGGCAGAGUGGCGGCGGGCACUGGGACUCGAACCCGCAGCGCUGGCCCGACGCGAGCGUGCUCUGGGCCUGGCCCCUGGGGAACUUGCGGAGCGGACGCGCUUCCCUGGCCCGGUGACACGCGCAGAAGUGGAGGCGAGGCUAGGUGCGUGGGCCGGGGAGGGCACUGCAGGGGGCGCAGCUCUGGGUGCACUCUCCUUCCUGUGGCCCGCGGGUGGUGCAGCGGCCACCGGUGGCCUUGGCUACCGCGCUGCGCAUGGCGUCCUGCUGCAGGCGCUGGACGAGAUGCUGGCAGAUGCGGAGGCUGUGCUGGCACCCCUUGCGCCUGCUCAGUGAGGGGUGGGGUGAGGGCCAGGGCUUCCAGGGUGCUCUGCAUGCUGGCUGCUUGGCUCCGCCAGGGGUUGAGGACUCCACGUCCUGUUUAGAGGAACGGGGUUGAGGGGUCCAGACUCUGGCAUAGGAUGUGUGGGUCUUUGAGAUAACAGAGCAGGUGUGUGGCCACUCUAAAUCCUGGAUGCCUAAGGGAGAUGAGACUUCUAGUCGUCUAGGUUCCUGGGUUUUGAAGGGGUAUAGAACCUCGGGGUCAGGACUCCUGAUUUCUGUGGGAUCACAGGGCAGCACCCCCAGACUUGUGUCUUGAAGGGGGUUGGACUUCUAGAAGGGGAUAUAUCUUAGUUGCCAGGGGAGUAGAAAGUGUGUAUAAUGGACAUCUGGUCGUCCAGGGAUCGGGGGGGGGGGGGGGGGGGGUUCAAAGCCCUGAUUCCUGAUGGCGAACGUCUUCCUCGUGCUGGGUGCUCCAGGGAGCUGGGACUCUUGGACUUAUGAGCCACAAAGGGUUAGGGAUAGGAUAGGGGUGUGGGGUCUAGGUUUUCUAGGGGGAAAAGGUCUGCACACAGCCUCUCAGUUCCUCAGGAGGCGGUGGGCUUUGAAUGUUCACGAGGCGGGGGGAGACGGGGCACUCUCUGGGGUCUCAGGCUCCUGGCUCCCAAGAGGGCUGUGGGCCUUGGUUCCUAAUUCCUGGGUGGUGGGCAGUCUGCUUCCAGAGGAGGGAACGGGUGGCUGCAACAGAGCUAGAAAUCUUUUUGGUGUCUUGGGGAGUAUACAGAUGUUUAAUAUUUGCUCCUAGUGGGGGGAACCUGGUGACAAAGACCCAUUUCCCUGCUGUAGUGGGGAGGAUGGCCACACAGAAAUGAGGGGAGAAGGCAAGGGGGGCAGAGUGGGCCCCAGGGGCAGCCAGACACCAGGAGUAAGACCGUCUGGGUAUGGAAGGGCAGGAACCCAUAGCUCAGAGGUAUCUCCUGCAAAUCCCUAAUGGAUUUCGGUCCUGGAAACUGCCCUUCUCUCUGUGACUGAUUGCUCCCAUGUCAUAAGUGCUGAGGAGCUCUCUGGGGAGUCUGUUCCCCUCUACUGUGCCCCUUUAGCAGUUUCUACUUUUGGACUUGGUUUCUUCUGUCAUUAAACCUGAACCCUUUCCAGCCCUGAUACCUGCCUUUCUGGAGAAGCAGCUGUACGGCUGUACUAAUCCCAGUGUUUCUGUGUUGGCUCCCGUGGGUGUGCUCAGAAAGCGCUGCCUUGUAGUGUACACAGAGGCUGCAGUGAGCAAGGGACCCAACGGACAGCGGGGCGGGUGUUCCUGCCUGUGGGAACGUGCCACAAGGCAAAGGCGGAAACCACAGUGCCUGGGAGGUUCUAGGCUGCCGCCUGCGUGCAGAGGCACAGCCAUAGGACACAAAAUUCUUUGGUGUCAAAAACAGAAAGGGGGCGGGGGGCUGAGAGGCCAUCCAGCAGAAUCCCUUUUACGAUGGUUGAGGAGAACAGAGUCCAGAGAGGGCAGGCUCUAGGCCCAACAGCACACAGCAAGGCCCUAUAUGGUCUGGCCCCUGCCUGUUCUCAUUCUCUGCCCCAUCCCAUACCCCAACCAGCUUGCUGGGUCUUCCUUCUGAUGCUUGAGUGGGCCACCUUGGGACCUGCCUCAGGACCUUUGCACUUGCUGUUCAUGCUGCCUAGAAUGCUCUGUGCCUGCCCUCCCCCCGCCACCAUUUCCAUGAGUGGCUCAUUCUGUCAGGUCUCAAUUCAGAAGUUCCCUCAGAGAGGCCUUCCCUGAGCACUCUAACUUCAGUAGCUCAUACCUCCCGCUGUGCCCCCCCCCGCCCCACCAUUCAUCCCAGCAGAUUAAUUUUCCUUGUAGCAAUUAUGACUAUAGAGAAUUAUUUAUUUACCUAUUUAUCAGCUAUUAUCCCCUUGUCUCUCUUGGUCUCUACUAUACCCCCAGCACCUAGAAUGGUACUUGACACACAGUAGGUGCUUUGUAAAUAUUUUAUUUCAUUAGCCAGUGGCAGAACUAGGGCUGACAUGUAGAUUGUCAGCCUCUUGCCACACAACAGGGAAAAAAUUGAGAUGAGGGGAGAAACAAGCAUCUAAUGGCAGACAUAGUGCCUGUCGGAGAGGUGAUGGGCCUGGAAAGCAAGCACAGCUUUGCCAUCGUCACCCUGGGUGACUUGGACCAGUGCCUUAUUUUCUCUUCUGUGACAUUUCCUGUGACGGCCGCAGGCAAGGGUGACUGACCUGAGGCACAGACACGGUGGGCGGGGGGCUGGCUACCCAUCCCCACCUUGAACUCCUAUCUAAGCAGAGAUGGCCAAGAUAGGAGAAAGCAUUUGGCUCCACUGAAUGGCUCCAGGAAUUGCGAAAGCUUUCAAGCCUCAGGGGAAUGAAAUUCUAUCAGUACAGCACUAGGGUCAGAUGGUCCUGCUGACUUUGGGGGUGACCUUGGGCAAGUCACCUGGCAAAUGGUAUCUACCACACAGGGUUACUGUGAGAAUUCAGUGUAUGUACCCAGGUACACACUGCAGCCCCUUCUGAGAAGCCUGGCACACUGGGAGCUUGAGAGGUAGCCUGUGUACCCUUGCCCACACGCCCUCAGCCCCGGGCAGCACCAAGAUGGCUCCAGUCUGGGCGUCUUUGUUCACAGGAGAGAAUGCCCUCCUCUUUGCCGUGUUGACACCUCCUCUGAUUUGGUUCUGUCUGACCUCACUCCCCUGCUCCCCAUUCCCUCUGCCCCUAUGCCAGUGGGGUUCAUGCCAGAGAUGGGACCUGGGAAAGCAAGCCCCGCCCCGGUUUUGUUUGCAUGCGUCUCUGCUGUUGGGAGUGCUGAUUGUCUUACUGUAUAUAACUGUGCAUUGGCACUUGUGUGUGUCACAGCUACCUUUUCAAGUGGUUGUCUUUUAAGUCAUGACUUUUAAUGACAUUGACUUUUAGACUUUGUGGAGGCAUAAGGUUGCUAGUGAGGCACCUGUCUGUGGGAGCAUCCAAGUAGAAAACACUGAGUCUCCCUUUUGGACAGAUCAUUGGCUGCCAUUAGGGUGUGUCUGCAUGGCACCUCCAGGCUGGAAGACCCUCAAAGGCAAGAAUCCAAGAAAGUGUAUGAUGAAUCUUGGCGUUGCCAUUGGUCAGAAACAGAACAGGCACAAAGAACUGGAGCGAUGAGACAUCUCAUCAUCCGAGCCAAGUUUCCUGCAUUUCUGCAUAAUGAUGGAGGGACUUGUGUCCACUGAGGUGGAGAACCAUGAAAGGACGAAUCAAGGGUGUGGCUGGCCUGCGUUGCUGUUUGGAGGAGUGAAUAAAAGUGAGUAGAAAUGUCA